AUGACGCUGCAUUAUCCCCAGCAUAGCUCAGACGACCCUACGGCCUUUCUCAACUUUCAAUUCAAACAGCGACGAGUCAGAUCCGGUCCGAGUCAUUCGACUGUCUCAUUGAUAAUGCUUCGUCCACGACCCUCGUCGAUCUACACGCGCAUCAUGGAGCUGGACAGAGCAUAUAAUGUGCCAUCAAAUGCUCAAGCACUAGAUAAGGGAAAUAUGGCAGUCAAACUACAUGGUAUGUGGGUUACAAUUGGUCGCGAAGCAGAUCAUCCAUCUCACUACGUCGCAUCAAUCAUGUUCAAUCUUCGAAACUUUACAAGACAAUCUUCCUGGAGACCACUAUAG